AUGCAAAACCCAUUUUCUUUUUCUCAAGAAACUCAAUUCCCACAAAGUCCUGCUUUCAAUUUUCCUCAUCCAGCACAGCAUAAUUCACCUCCAGCUUCUUAUCUGAUGCAACGACCUCCUUCUUUCCUGCCCAUCCAAUCCUUCCCUUCGUAUUUUGAUUCCAUGGCUUCCAUGCAAUUCCCGAAAAACUUCACUAUGAUUUUUCCUGGCUUAAAGUUUCGUCCUACCGAUGAUGAACUCAUUGGCCAUUACUUGCACCACAAGAUUUUUUGUGGUUUACCAUUGUACCGUUAUUUCAAUAUCAAAGAUUGCGAUCUCUAUGGUUCCCAGGAACCUUGGGAGAUAUGGGAGUUUUAUAAGAGAAAUUCAGGUGAUGAUGAAGAUCUUUAUUUUUUCACUGUCUUGAAGAAAAAGUCCAGUAAUGGCAAAAGAAUUUGUAGGAGAAUCGGUUCAGGUUCUUGGAUGGGUGAGGAUGCAGCAAAGGAAAUUCAAACCAACGGGAAGGUAAUCGGGUCCAAAAAAAGAUAUAGAUACGAAAAUAAAGGGUCAGAACAUGACGGAGGGUGGAUAAUGCAUGAAUAUUCUUUGUCGGGUCAUGAUGAAUAUGUUCUCUGUCGAAUUCGAAAGAAUGAUCGACCAGCUAAGAAAAAGGGUUUGGAAAAGAAGAGGAAGUUGAAUGAAGUUGAAAAUUUUGAUGAGAAUCUUGGGUCAAAUAAAAUUUUCAAGGCACAAAAUUAUCAAGAACAGGUGAAAUCAGAAGCCACAACACCUGUGAAUAAUAAUGAUGUUAUUGAAGACAAUGCAGCAAAUUUAUCUCUUCUAGAAGUGAUUUUUCCUGGUGUGACUAAUGAUCUUGAUUGGGCUGACCUUGGAGAUUUAUUUGUUGAAGAAGAACAAGUACAAUCUUCCUUCCGUGUAGUUGAUGAUGGUCGUGGAAGCAAGUUUGAAACUGCUACAGGUUCAAGUGUUGAGUUGAAGGAGAAGUUGUAG